AUGGCGCAGACGAGGAUUCUAGAGAUCAACUUGAUCUCAGCGCAAGGUCUGAAAAUUCCCCCUUCUGCUAAGAUGCGCCGUAUGCACACCUACGCAAUCGCAUGGGUGCAUCCCACAGCCAAGCUUCGCAGCCACCUCGAUCGCGUCGGAGGAGAAAACCCUACCUGGAACGAAAAAUUCAUCUUCCGUGUCUCACCGGAUUUCAUUUAUGGCGAUACUUCCGCUGUUCAAUUCGAAAUCUACGCCUGUGGAUACAUCAGAGACUACCUCAUUGGCAACGUUCGUUAUCUCUUAAGCAGCAGUACUCUCACUUCCUCCAAAACCGGCGCAGUAAUCGGAACUCCGGCUUUCUCCGCCGUCCAUAUCCGGCGUCCGUCGGGGAGAGUCCACGGAGUGCUCAACAUCGCUGCUACUGUUUACGAGAGCUCAGCUUUCGCAGCUUUUACCGGAAAAUCCGCUGUAUGUUUUCGUGAUCUGAUAGGAGAAAACGACAAUGAUGAUAAACGCCGCCGUGAACGGCGACUCUCAUGGAAUCUCAGCCGUGACGGAUCGAGGAGGAGCGAACAGUCUUCCGGCGCUGAGUCUUGCGAUUUUCCGAUAAGAGAAUCUACUGAUUUCUCCGACGGAAACGACUCCACGACGUCGUCUUCGUCGUCAUCCCGGACAACGGCAGCGUUCAAGGACUUGAACGGCGUUAGAUCAUCCGUUAAAGUGGCGGGAAAGAAAGAAUUGAAAUCGGACGGUGGAGGUAUGUUGUGUGGUUUGAUGUUGCAAAGGCGGUUUAGUUUCUGUCCAUCGGAUCAGAAUCUUUUGACAUUGGCUGGAUUCCACGGAAGGAAGAUCUAG